AUGACUUCAAUUAAGGAACGAGCUGAAGCGUUGAACCUCGCUGAGAAAUUGUUUGUCCGUCCUCAAGCUCACGGCGUGGCCAGUAAACCGGUCCACUCCGUGUCUUUAUGGAGUGCACUUAUCGCCCGCCUCAAGAGCUCUGUGACGGUCAAGCGUCGACGAGUCCACUUAAAGUCCCACAGUGACUGUUUCCUUGGCUCUGAGGCCGUGGAUGUGGUGACGGACCACAUUAUACACCUCAAAGGGUUCGAGGGUGCUGACGUGUCACGGGACAAAGUGGUGUUGGUGUGCCAGGCUCUGUUGGACUGUGGCAUGUUUGAGGCUGUGGGAGCCAAAGUGUUUUUGAAAGUCAAGAAGCAGAAUGUGUUUCAGGACAGUAAGAACGCUCUUUACAGGUUUGCAAGUACGUGUACGCCAUCAGUUGACGAGCUGGAGAAAGGCGCGCUUGUUCAUGGGAUCCAGAAGUUCUUCUGCAGUGGACCUUCAGACAGCCCGGAAGAGGAGACCUUUCCUUCUGGGUCACAAGCUCAGAAAGUGACCCCCGCGAAAGUCCCUCAGACGCUGAAAACGGACACCCCGGGCAGUACCGGCCGCACACCGGAGGGCCUCGUGGAUGGUUUAAGUUUGAGUCCCAGCAGAGUGGAAGCAGAUCCCGUCUUACCACAGUCACUGGUUGAUGAGGUGUGGCAGGAGCAGACCAUACUCAGGCUGCUCAACCUGGUGGAGCUCCCCCUGCUAGAUGAGGUGCUUCAGUACAUUCAUACGCUGUCCCCCUCGUCAUCACUCCUGCUGGUUCAGACUAAUCCAGACCUCCUUUACAGCAGCAACCACCUGGACAGACAGAUCCUCAAAGCCUUCAGAGACUCUCAGGAGGACGAGUGGCUGUGUGCAGCUCUGGACUGUCUGGACUUCCUGCCUGACCAGCCUGUGGUGGAGCUCAGCAGGGAGCUGCCUCACUGUUUCCCUAAAGAGCAGGAAGGUUCCCGUUACGUCCUGACCGGCAGCAGGGCCACAGAUGGAAUCCAGCUGCUGAGUUACAUGUCCACCCCAGAUGGCUUCUUUGAUGACCAGGUGAAGAUUUCAGUGAGCGUUUUGUCCCGGUGUAAGCUGCUGUUGUAUGAGAUGUUGGUGAAACACUACGGCCAUGCAGACAGAGCGGCGCUGCUUCCUCAACAGCUGACUGACAUCUACACAGCUGUCACAGACCUGCUGGUGAACGCCAAGUUGAGCACGGCUCUGGAGGCUCUGCAGCUCUGCCUGAAGCUGCUGCCGCCUCGGUGCAGAGACGAGCUGCACAGGCUGCUGCGGUUCAUGUCUUUGGCAGCUGACCCACAAGGUGUAAAACUGGAUAAAGAGAUGGAGAACAGGCUGGCAGUGAAGAAGUCUUUCACCAGAGCGAUCCUCCACAGCAAGACUCUGCCAAAGGAGAAAGCGGAACUGUUGGUGGUCUUCAUGCUCAGCAACAUCCAGGAAAUCUUCAAGAUACCAGGGGCUUUGCACAAAAGAGUGAGUGACAAGCUGGCAAGCCUUGCUCAAGGGACGCAGCCUGAUGUGACAAGUUCUACGUUUUGUCAACAAAUGUCCAGCCGCACUUACACCGACGCUGCAUCCGAAACCACCACCAAUGAACUGUCUGCUCUGCUGCGCAGUAUCCACCUGGACCCCAAGAUCUCAGCCAAGGAGAAGCAGCGCUUACUGGGACAGUUUUACCAAAUGCAUCCUGAGGUUUUUAACCAGUACUUUGGUGAUGCAGCUGUUAGUGUGCUCUAGAUGUA